AUCAAAUUAAACACUUCAAUACCAGUUGUCAAAAUGAUGUGCAACAUGUCAGGCUGCGCGAAAGAACCGCAGGGCUGCGUGAAGGAUUCAAAAGGGAAAGAAUCAGAGUCAAAGGGUGAGCGGGUUAAUUCUACUAGAGAUGUAAGUUUCAUCAUGGUAAAGCCUGACGGUGUACAGAGAUGUUUGGUGGGCAGAAUAAUCGACAAAUUCGAACAAAAAGGUCUUAAACUCAUCGGCUUAAAAAUGGUCAUGCCCACAGAAAAGUUGCUCAAAGAACACUACUCCGACCUUUCCAAAAAACCGUUUUACAAAAAUUUAAUAAAAUACAUGAGCAGUGGUCCAGUUGUUGCUAUGGUGUGGGAAGGCUUGAACACAGUGAAACUUUGCAGAAGCCUUCUGGGAGCCACCAAUCCUGUGGAGUCCAAUCCUGGUACUCUAAGAGGAGAUUAUUGCGUCCAGGUUGGCAGGAACAUUGUGCAUGCAUCUGAUUCCUCAGAAUCCGCUUGCAAGGAGAUAAGUUUGUGGUUUACAGCUGAGGAAUUGAUUGUUUACUCUUUGAUAUCUGAUGAAUGGGUGAAUACGCCGAAUUAAUCACUUUGGAUUAAUUAAUAUUAUUUAAUUUUUACAUAUAAUAUUGUACUUUUUUUUCAAACGUCUAUUGUAUAUUUUUAACAGCAAUAAAAUUUAUAUUUAUUAAUUAUAA